UUCAAAUAUUCGGCUUUUCGCACGGCGAUUGUCGACCAUCGUAAAACUACCGCCUGCAAGACUGACAGCACCGGAUUUUGCGGAAUAAGAUUACCGAUUUGUCAGGCUUUAGAAAAGAAUUUUCGCAUCGAAAAACCGACAUUAUGUCAGCAAGAAUCGAUUCCUUUAAUACUCAAGGGAAGUGAUGUAUUCAUAAGAGACGUCACUGGAGCUGGUAAAACUUUCGGUUUAACGCUGGCUCUUUUAAACAAGAGACGUGCUCACAGAAUUCAUAAAGGAAAAAAGGAACAACCAUGCAUUACUAGCCUCCUCAUGGUCCCAUCUCGAGAGGUGGCAAUACAAAUAGAAGGAUGGGUUCGUCGAUUAUUGCCAAAGGAGGCUUUUCCAUCGCUUGUUGACGUAGUCCAGACUGUUUACAGAGGUCAAGAUAUUAAUAACAAUGAGUUAUUGAAAUCUUUAUCGGAGAGACCACCACAUCUACUAGUAGGUACUGCUACGAGACUACAUGAACUGAUAAAAAGCAAGGACUUGGAUUUGAGAGACUUGCACACAUUGUCUCUAGAUGAUGCCGAUCAUUUACUUCAAUUACCCAAAAAGCAUGCAACAUUUCGGGAGAUAUAUGCAAGAUCAAAACAUGUCCCUCCAGGAGAAGAGGUGCUUCACCAUGUCUUUGACGUAGCAGGUAGUUUGCAAUAUAAGCCACAGUUGAUAGUCUUAUCUGCUACAUUGAAUCAUUCAAUUCGAUACUUUUUCAUGAAGGACAAUGAAUACACAGUAAAUCCUGUGUUUGUUGACAUAUCAAAAGGUCAUAAAUCACCUGAUAACAUCGUUCAUCACUGCUUGAUAGUUGGGGAUCAGGAUAUUAGGAAUAUUCGAAUGCAGAAGACGAGUUGGAUGACAGAAAAUGAGGAACCGGAAGAUGAAACAUUGCACGACGCGGACGACGAGGUUGGCUUUGAUGAUGACGAUGACCGUAUGCUCGAUAGCGUAGCAGGAGCUUUUGAGGCUGAACAAGUGGAAAAGGGAAUUCUCUUUGCUGGUGACGGGACAAAUAUACCGAAUCUGAUUUCCCGACUUAGAUCUUUUGGAUUGCCGGCGAUGGAUUUUGUAUCAUCGUUUAGAUCAUUAGCUGGUGGUCUCUCGCCAACACCUAAUCGAAGAGUAUUAUAUGUUACGACGCAGAGCUUUACACGUGGUGUUGACAUACCUUCAGUAUCACAUGUCUUUAUACUCGGUGGGCCGCCUGCUAUAUGGAAUUAUUUGCACAUGGCUGGACGAACAGGGAGAAUGGGUCGGCCUGGAAAGGUGAUAAUCGUGUUGAGAAACCACGGUGGCAAAGAAGCGCGAAUGAGAACAAUAUUACAUUUAAUGAAUGCGAAUUGGCAACCUUUUGAGCACGUUCAGGACUGA